AUGGAAGACACUGACUUGUACAAUUACGACUUGGAAGAUUUCUUCAGUGAAAAUUACAGUUACAGCACAGAACUGCCCUUUAUUCCAGCAGACUCUGCCCCAUGCAGGCCAGAAUCCCUGGAAAUCAACAAGUAUGCAGUGGUGGUCAUCUAUGUCCUGAUCUUCAUGCUGAAUCUGCUGGGAAACUCCCUAGUGAUACUGGUUGUCUUACAUAGUCGGGUCAGCCAGUCUGUCACUGACGUCUACCUGCUGAACCUGGCCAUAGCCGACCUGCUCUUCGCCCUGACCUUGCCUCUCUGGGCCGCCUCCAAGGCAAAGGGCUGGAUCUUUGGCACACCCCUGUGCAAGGUGGUCUCGCUCCUGAAGGAAGUCAACUUCUACAGUGGUAUUUUACUACUGGCCUGCAUCAGCGUGGACCGCUACCUGGCCAUAGUCCAUGCCACACGCACGUUGAUCCAGAAGCGGCACUGGGUCAAGUUCAUAUGCUUAGGCAUCUGGGCCCUGUCCCUGAUCCUGUCCCUGCCCAUCUUCGUCUUCCGCAGAGCCAUCAAUCCCCCCUACUCCAGCCCAGUCUGCUACGAGGACAUGGGUGCCAAUACAACAAAACUGCGGCUAGUGAUGCGGGCCCUGCCCCAGACCUUUGGCUUCCUCCUGCCACUGUUGGUCAUGCUGUUCUGCUAUGGGCUCACCCUGCGCACCCUGUUUCAGGCCCACAUGGGGCAGAAGCACCGGGCCAUGCGGGUCAUCUUCGCUGUCGUGCUUGUCUUCCUGCUCUGUUGGCUGCCUUACAACCUGGUCCUGGUCGCAGACACCCUCAUGAGGCUCCGGGUGAUCAAGGAGACUUGUGAGCGCCGCAAUGACAUUGGCCGGGCCCUGGAUGCCACCGAGAUUCUGGGCUUCCUCCACAGCUGCCUCAAUCCCUUCAUCUACGCCUUCAUUGGCCAGAAGUUUCGCCAUGGACUCCUCAAGAUCAUGGCCUUCCAUGGGCUCAUCAGCAAGGAGUACUUGUCCAAGGACGGCAGGCCUUCCUUUGUUGGCUCUUCUUCAGCAAACACUUCUACUACCUUCUAAGCCCCCCGCCCCGGCCCUGUCGCAGCCCCUCGGGGCUCCUCCCUCGCCAUCAGCAUCCCGUUCCGAGCCUCAUGUCCACUGGCUGUUCACAGCCUCUGUGUCAAGGCAGCCGCCGGGUGUGGUUACAGGAAGUGACUGGGGCCGUGUCCUUUUCAGGCCCGUUGUACAGUUUAGAAAGCCUGCCCUGGUUCCCCAGCCCUGACUAUACUUACUCUGCCAGCUGCUAGAGCUCAGUCCACCCUACCACUGAGCCCACAGCACUCUGU